CUAUGACGAAUGCAAGGCCUACUUAGAGAGCCAGCCACUGAUGGGAGGCAUUGAGCUCCUGGCCCCCAACGUGCAAAUGGUCAUCAGGCAAUUCGAUGCCAUGGUUAGCUUGGUCAUCUCCUCCUGCCUCGGGACCCUGACCAUGACUGCCCAGGACAGGGCCCAAGUGGUGGAGUUCUGGAUCCGGGUGGCCAAGGAGUGUCUGGCCCUCAAGAACUUCGCUGCCCUCCGUGCCAUUCUCGUGGGCCUGCGGAGCCGUGCCAUACUUCGCCUGGGAAGCACCUGGAGACGUGUUUCCUGGAAGAGCUCCAGGAUCUAUAAAAAGCUUCAAAAGACGGACGAGAAGGCUAACAGAGAGUGGCUCCUCGAGGAGGUGAGGGCCAUCGUGAAGCAACAGCUGUGUGUCCCCAGCAGAUCCCAGAAUAGGAAGAAGCAGGGCGUGGUCCCGUUUCUCGGAUUAUUUCUGCGUGAUGUGCCCGUAGACCAACUCCCGGAAUAUAAUGAGGACGGUGACGGGAUGAGAGAGAGACAGUUGAAUGCCAAGUCACAGAAGGUCACUACCCUCCGACUGGAGAUCAUGCUCCAUAAGCGCUUGGCUGGGCUGUACGACCUGGAGCCCGAGGAGCGCUUCGUGUCCUUUUUCCAGGCCGUGGAGCCCCUGGAUGAGGAGGAGAGCUACAGCCUGUCCUGCCAGCUGGAGCCCCCAGGCCAGGAGGCCCGCAGAAAGGGAGUGUUACCGGCCUCCGGGUGGUGCAAUAUGUUAACUUACUGGCCAGGGCCAGCUGCUGUCAUCGGGCCCUCGGCCCUGCUCGUGUCCUGGCUGCAUGCAGAGGAGAGCUUCUUCUCCUUUGGGCCGGCGGCACCUGGUACCCCAGGACCCUAGUCUGCUUGCUGCCCCUCUUCCUCCCGCUGCUCAUCCUGAGCCUCUGCUGCGGCAGGUGCUCUGGCACCUCCUCCGUCGGCAGACUCGAGCAGCUCCCCAGACUACCUCUGCAUCCUCAAGGACCCGUAUGCAUGUAGCUGCGGCCAACCUGGCUGCUUUCCUGCUGUGUCGUCCUCCUGCUCGUUACCCGCUGGACAGAGGCAAGCAGCCCCACCGUGUGGAGGAUGUUCCCCUUUGUGCAGGUGGCCUCCCGCCAUGACGCCAACUCCUGCCUGGGCACCGUCAGCCACCGAGUCAUAGCCACAGGGUUGCAGGAAGAGCUGGGGGCCGUCCUCCCCAGGCCUGGCCUUUCCCGGGAUGGACAUGGACACGGCACAGGGCUGCAUGGGACCGUGGCCCCCUGGGUGCCCAGCAGAGGCAUCUGAGAACGCAGGGGUGGCCACAGGGGUGGCCGGCUGUCACAGCGUCCUGGGGCUUGCUUAUAGGGGAGCCGCCUGUGCAACUCCCUCCCCUCAUCCCUGAGAAAUAGCCUCCCCAGGCGCAGUGUGGUCUGGGUGUUGUCUCUGAUGUUAAUGAUUCCUGGGGGUUCGGGUCAUCCCUCUGCAGAAUGUAAUAAAUGAUGAACGG